GAGCGAACAUCAGUUGCUAACUUAGCAUCUCAACAGCGCAAUUCAACGAAACAUCGUAUGUAACAGCACAUAAACAAAUUUCUUCUUAUUCUAAAGUUUUUUUAUAAGUUUAAUACAUCUGUUUUUACUAUUCAUACGUGCGCGCAUUGAAUUUGUUUACGUAUAGUGCUAUCGUGGUAUUAUCACAAAUCAAAACGAAGAAAUAGAAAUCAGUACAUGAAACUUUAACAUUGUAUGGAAUAACAUCGUAUGUAAAAUGCCAUUCAACAACCAAUAGCCAAAUAUUCCAUAAGAAACAAGUUAAAACUACUUAAAAGCAUUUAAUUAUACUAAUUUUUAGAGUUUGUCGCGCUUGUAAAUUAAACACUACUAAUUUUAAUGGAUUUCGCUCAAACGUGCAGAAAAAAUGGUGAUCCAGAUGCCGGACAUCCGGCUUCACUCAGUUACUCAGCUGGAGACAUAACAGAGAUAACAAUCCACGACACGCCAUCCCAUUAUAGCGUAACAGCAGUGCUCAACUAUUGCAAAAGUAAAAUUCUCAAACCCUACCUGCGAUUACUUUGCAUCGUUGGCUUACGUCCGCUAUCAACACACGAAAAUCAACCCUGCAUUGAAUUCUUCAGCUAUUACUACACCUGCCAAGUGAUUUUCUUCAUGAUAAUCGGAUACAUCCUGCAAUACAUGUCCUGCUUCCGACGAGAUCGUGGUUUUGGCAUUAAGCACUUCAACAAGUCGCAGCAUGAAAACUCUACUGUGCCAGACAUGGUCUUCGAUCGCAUAUGCCACGGAUCGUUGCUUUUCAGUUACAUAAUUCCACACGGUCUACAUUUAUUGGGAUACAUGCACGCGCUCUCUACAUUUCGCUCAUCCGAUGACGACCAACUACCGAGUUUAAUGGAGCGUGUCUUUCUGGCGUUAUCAAAUCUUUCGGAUGGAUUCAUGAGCCAAAAGAAGCUGGUAAAGAUGUUGUGGUUGUUCGUGACUGUCAGUUUGAUAUGGAUGACACUCUCUUUUGCUUGUAUUAACAUAAUGAUGGCGGAAGCAAUGAUUCAAUUCAGAUGGCUGGAGAACAAACCGGAAUAUUGUUUAAUGCUGAUGAAAGUAUUCUUAAUCGCUUGUACAUUGUGGCAUGAUGUUAUUCAAGCUACUGUCAUCAGUAACUAUUGCCUACAGGCGCAGUUAUUAACAUCAUAUCUGCAGUUUUUACGUGCGAAGAUUCUACAACAUUCUUUGCAUCCUGUGGAAUGGAUGAAAGACAUUGGUGAAUUUAAAAAAUUGUUGAAGUACUUCAACUAUCAAUUGGCACCUGCCGUUUGUAUAUUCUCAAUGACGAAUAUGACAUUUGCAAUUUCGGGUUUCUUAUGGUUGUUGAAUUUUGAUCCGGUUGAUACAGACACUUUUCCGAUUUAUGGUAUAAGUUGGCUGAAUGUUUUGUUAUGGUUCCUUAUUGCGUUUGCUCCUUUUAUACAGGCUGCAAGACUAACAAGCGCCUGUGAAUCAAUUAGAACCGUUGGACAUGAAGUGCGCACCAGGCCAUUUGUGCACCAGACAACACCGGGGAAUAAAUUGGAUUCCAUUCUGUUAUUCUCGUCCAGUUUGCGAUUUCGUGCCAAAUUAUUUGGUGUUCCCAUCCAUGCGCGCUGUGUGCUGCUACUGCUCACUCUGAUAAGUGUAGUUACAUUCGUGCUUGGUCAAUUGCAUUACCUAACACGAGACAGUCAGCAUAUCAAUGUGCCUUGAUUGCAAGUUUCAAUUGUAGUGGGCUACAACUACUUACUCUUACCAGGAUACAAAAGUAACGUUAGUUUAUGUAUCUAUGCGUCAGGUGAAAACGCUUUUAUAAUGAAUAUGGUUUUAAUGCGAAUCUAAUAUAAGUUUUAGCGAAAUAAACUUCAGCUUUUCUAGUAAUCUUUCUUUGGAUUGCUAUCACAAACAAGUCAGAUACAUGAUAUAUAAAAUGAACACAAUGUUAAUGUUUAGGUUCUGAAAUGAUUGGCAAAAAUAAAACGAUUGUUUCAUGUAAAUAUAUAA